AAUAUUUUGUUUAAUUUUGAUGGAGAUUUUCGACGUAUUAACACAUCGCAUACCAUUUUCCAAACUAAAAAUAUAUUAUAUUUAAAAUCAUUAAAUUAUUUGAUUUAAUUAAUUUGCUCUUGAUGAAGAUACUUUUUGAGACAUACUGUAUGUGCUGCGCCGCCAUUCAUAAUGUCAAAAAGUUCGUCAAGCUUCGUGUGUGAUGAAAGGCGACAAGAAAAGCAAGCAGCCGCAAAUUUUACAGCUUGUAAUUUGUGUAUUAUCAAGCUUGUACAACAGCAUUUAAACUCGGUGGUAGAGUUCCGCCCGCUCCAUCAAAUACAGAGAAUGACGCCGUCCAAUAUUGUUCCUGCCUCGCGGUCGUGCACUACCGUCAGCACUGCACUAGCCGCAACAAAACAUGCGCCCCUUGUCCCACAUUUCCAUAAUCUCGACGGUGGUCAACAGCUGUACGACGGCCGCCUACAGCCACCGGGAUAGCCUCCCGGUUAACCUGCGGCGC